AAAAUGUCUGGCGUGGACAUUGUCUGUGAUAAGAUUCACUUCAGACAUGAGGCUCAGUGGUGUGGGCGCCUGGGUCCGGCUGAAGGCGGCGGGCUCGUGCUGUGCGUGCUCUGCGUACUGGAGAUGAUGGAGCGCGAGGACGUGGCGUCUGUGAGAAAGUCCUAUGCCCUGUCUGGAGUCAGUGGAGUAUUGAAGUGCUCUCCGGGGGCCUUAAAGGAACUGCUUCAACAAGACCAACGAGUCUCAUUGCGUUUUAUAGCUUCUCUGCUUGGGAUGCUUCAGACCACAGAGGACACAUGUACUUUGGAAAAGGUUGACCAAGUGCUGCUCCAGUUGCUGUUAGAGCUGCAGAGUGAACCACCCUUUCGCUUUGUCUUGGAUGAGAUACACAAACAGCUAAGUGGUCCAUUCAAUGCCAAGGGUUGGUUAUCAGCAUUUAAUUUCAUUGGGCGAUUGUUGGAAGCAGUCCCUAACAUUGCCAAUGUGCUUGUGACGCAGUAUGUGCCCUUGCUGGAUCUCUUCUGCUCAACUCUGCUGUCUCCAGAUGAAGAGCUGAAGGCUUCUAUAAUAUUUGUGUGGAUCAAGCUGUUUGGGACGACCGCUGCAGCUGUACCUGUCCCCAUCAGGGACAAAAUGUGUAUUCUGCUUCUUCAAACCUUAACUUGUGCUCACUCCACUACACUCAUCACCAAUUGCACUGGCUUGCUGUGGCUGCUGGUGCAGGUGGCAGCAGCAGUGUCUGUUCUGAUGAGCAGUGCGUCUGGUCCGCUCAUGUGUGAAGAGUCCCAAAGCAGCCAGAGCCCAGAGCAACAGCCCCUGGAGCACAGCCCUCUGCCUCUCAUCCUGAAAAAGUUGCUGCUCAGUGGCGACGAGAUGUUACAGGUGAGCAGCGUCAAGUGUAUUGCAUCUGUCCUGGUUCAUUCUCCUCGUCAGUACAGCACUCCCUUCAUUGAAGCGGAUGUUCCCGAGUUUCUGUUUGACAGGCUUGCUAGUACUAAAAGUGAAAGUCUGCUGUGGUUCUCCUACACCUGUUUGAAGCUUUUGACUGAGGACUCACUGUUCUUCACCCAGUGCCAUUCUGUCUAUGGUAUUGAAUCUCUGGUGCGCAGUCUGAAGGAGGCUUUACGGCUGACCAACCUAGAAGUACCUAAACAGGGACUUGUUUUACUCGCUGACAUACUGGAAAGGCAGCCCCCAGAGGUGCGCCUCUUCCCUAGUCGCCCUGGCUUUGUUGCAGUGUGCGAGGCUUUGGAGGUUGGGGUGUCCUCCCCUUGUCUGCUAGUGUCCACACAGGCUGUGAAGGCCACCUGCAUCCUGUUCAGAAAACAACACCAGUCACAACCGGUCCAGUUCAAGGAGAUAACAGGACUGACAGAGAGCAUCACCAAGAGAUUUUCAGAACUGUCUUUCUCUUCACGCACACACCACCAAAACACUGCCAGUCUGAAGAAAUCCAGAAUCCCCAGCCAUGUUUCUAUGUCCCAUGUCUUCCUACUCCAGGCUUUGGUGUGUUUUCAGUCGGCUUGCAGGUUGGCUGUGGAGUGUGCGUCAGAGCCGAGUUUAAGGGAAAAUGCAUUUACAGCUCCUUCAAAAACACAGCAAAAUGAAGAUUCCCUGGAGUCCCUGUGCCGGUGUAUGCUGUGCUGUUGUGACUCUGUUUGGAUACCCGCUGUCAUCAAGGCAAGCCAGCAUGGACCCAGUGCUCAGAUACUGCAGCACUUCUACUCUGUACUGUCCUUUCAAUUCUUCCUCCUUCCAUCGUUCAUGCCUGCCUUUGCGAGGAAGCUUGCAUCCUCAGGUUUCCUCAAACUAGCGUUGGAGCACAAAGGGCUUCUCUGCACAGGAAACAGGAACCCAAAUCUUAACGCAUCUUGCUGCGAGUUUCUGCUCAGGCUCAGUAUGUGUCUUUACAAACAGUCUGACCAAGACCAGCUCGAGGCCGAGGAGGUGGAGAACAUUCUGCUGUACCAUCUCCCCGCUCUGUCUUGUCCUCUGUCUGAUUGGCCGUCUCUGCUGCGCGAGGCCCCUGGGCUUCAGCUGUGUGACUACAAAGGUCAAAGGGCAACUCAGUACUGUGUGCUGGUGCUGCUCCAGUUGGCUUUUCAACAAGGUGACAGACUCCUUCCAGACCAGACUGUGUUCACUAGUGUGGUGUGGCUGCUGCACUCAGUUCAGGAGCAGGGCAGUUGUGUCCUUCCUCAUUUUGUGCUCCGCUCUGCCCUCUACCUGCUGUCAGUGACACAAGACAAAAGCCCCAGCCUUAAUAAGGCUCAAUUGAACUGCCUCAACAAAGCCCUCUCAUCCUGCCAAACACUCUCCUCCGUGUACAUUCACCACCCACCUCUGCUGCACUUCAUCUGCCUCUACUCUGAGUUAGCAGAACGAUUCAGAGCAGAGGUCUUAGAGCUGUGGCUAACCAGGAAAGCUUCACAUUCAGAUUUAAAUAGGCAGUUACAGGAAGACAGUAGAGAAAAACAGCAUGGUGAAGAAGACAAUGAACCCGAAAUAACAGAGCUCCUAACGUUGAUAGAAAAGUACCCCGCUGUUGCUGCUACCCUCCUGGAGAUGGUGUGCACCAGAGAGACUGGUCUGGCAAAGAGAGCCCUGAAAGUGUUAGAAGUCUUUCUGAGCAGCCACACACAUUACAAAGCAGAACUGUGCACUAAUCUAGGGCCAGCAUUGCUCCAAGUUUUCCAGAAGCUCAGUUUUGAGGAGGUAGGACAUGAGCUUGGACAAGGAAACAUCACACAGGUCAGGUCCCUCCCACUGGUGCUGAGGCUGCUGUGUAUGACCCAAGCCAGUGAGCCACUAUCAUCUGUUUCCUGUAGUAAGAUGGAUGGAGGGAGUUUUAAGCUGCUUUACCAUGUAAGUAAUUUAACAGGAAAACUCAAAUCUGAUAAUAUGGAGAGUCUGCAGCUUUCCUUCAGAUACCUGCACAGCUACCUCAGUCUGUCUGCUGCAUCUAGUACUGACAGAGCUGUCUCUAUGCUGCUGUCCAACAUUGCACUGAUGGAGCUUUUGCAGACCAUCAUCUCCUCCUCUCCUUCCCCAGCUUCAGCAGCCCUUCUGUGCAGCAGCCACCUCCUCCUGUCCUCUCUCAUUACUUUGCAGAAUCUACACUCUGCUAAGGUCCAUAAAAGCAUCAGUUGGAGUUUGGACAAAGCCAUGCAACUGCUAGUUUUUCCGAAAAAGAACUUUGACAGUCUCUUGCUGGUGAGCUACCUGAGGCUGCUGCAGGCGCUUCUUGAUGUGGAUUUUGCGUCUCCAUUGCUGUGUGUUGGCACUGCUCCCUGCCUAGUGGGCCCCAGACCUCUUGGGGCUGAGGACGGCGCUUUGUACCCACUAGGGUCAAAAGGAGCCCAGUUCCUCUCCAUGGCUCUCUACGAACUACUUCUACAGAAACAUGAGGUCUUGCUUGGAGCCUCAGUGAACUGCCUGAGCUCCCUUUUGGGAUUCCUAAAGAGAAAAAAAACCCACUACAGGUAUACUCGACAUGUUGUGUGCCAGCCCUGGUGUCGUUUCUUGCUCUUCUGCCUGCUUGGCUCUGAACAAAGCAGCCUCCUGCAUCCUGCCACUCUCCAACUGAUCACUCUGUUGCUGAGACACAGCAGCACAGCGGUACUGUGGGAGCCUGACCUGCUCAAAGUGAUGGAGGUUGUGGAGAAAGUAGGAGUGAAGGAGCUCGGCCAGGAAGCAGCAGAAGCCCUCAGGCUGCUCCUCACACAGAUCCUGCAAAGCACAUUGCACCCACCUCCUACAGAGCAGGACAAGCUACGAGUGAGAAGCAUCCUGGAGUCCCUCGGCCCACAGACAACAGACAACAUCCAGUAUCCUUCAGUGGAAGUCCAGUCACACGUUUAGGCACACAGCGUCUGCCUGUAGGACCACUUAGAUACAUGGUUUCCCUAUGAAACAACCUAUAAACUAUUGAUUCUGCUUUGUCUGCAUUUCAUAAUUUUUUGUGCUAUCACUCUUUAGUUGACAGCAUUCAGGGCAUACACGGAGUACAUGAGGUUUGAGUAGCUCAUUUGAUAUCACCUUCCUGUAAUUAUAAUUAUAAAUGUAUUAUUAUUUGUAUUAGUAGUAGUAGCAUUAG